UGCUAAAUCCUCCAGACAUCACUAUCCUAGCAGGCCACUGUAACCGAAAAUAUAGCUACAUUCCGGGGUAAAGCGCGGCAUCGGAAAUAAGAAAACCUGUCGAGAAGGAACGUUUCAACAUUUUAGUGCUGUUUAUGUGCAUAACUGACUAUUUCAGUUUCAGAUCUCGGUAAAAUGUUAUACGUUACUAAGCGUGAGUUGAAAUAGCCGUAUAGUGGUUUUUUUGUUUACCAUGAUUUCAUAACACCAGUGUCAGACUGGGCCUCCACGCGGGUGUUUUUAUCUCAAAGCUAGCUAGCGAACAACCGGCUAACUAAAGUUAGAUUAAAAUAUUGGCCUGUUGUUAAAAUAAAAUGUCAGGCUUUAAUUUCGGGUCUGGAUCCACGAACACUGGCGGAGGGUUUUCGUUUGGAGCCGCUGCCAGGUAAGAAUUGUUAGUCACGGCUGACGUAACUAGCUGAUUUUAUCUCCGGCAUACCUAUGUCGACUCAGCGUCGUUAACUUACCCAGCAUGGAUUGUUACCAACUAGGUAGUUAGCUAACGUUAGCUAUCCAGGAGCAAUAGUAAUAAACCCCACUGUCAAAAUGGUGACGUUAAGUAGUUUCCUAGUUAACUAUAUUGGAUUAAAAGAGCAUAACGUUACUCCUUAGUCCAAGGACCAUGUUCUGUCUAAAUGCCGAAUUGGCUCUGGAGUGGAAGCCAAAACAGCCAAAUACUCCAUCUAAACGUGAGUCGAUUCUCACAUGCGGUACGGUUCUAGAAACAUAAAUCCCUCUACUUUCAUAUCAAUAAUUUCACAAAUGCAAAAUACACACUUACUGUUUUAACAGUUGCAGCGACAGUAUUUUUCAGUGACAACAUUUGUGGCAUAUGUCUUCCGUUGCCACAGACGUUAGGAGACGCAAAUAGCUAAUUAGUACAGGUAGUCCACUCUUGUCUUCCGUCCGUUUUCCGUAAACAAGCGCUGUAACAUGGAAAUAUGGCUAUGUGGGAAUCCUAACCCUAUAAAGGUGUAUCAAUUUAACCUUUUCUUUUUAGAAAAUUAUUUCAAGAUGAUAUGAAAGAUAAAGUCCUUAUACUAUCAAAACCGUACCGCAAACACCCCCCCUACAGAAGACUCCUUCCUCCAAUGACUCUUAUGUGUAAUGGAACUGAGAGUCUUGAUCAACGGCUAACUACCACGUGUUAUGGAUACGUCAACUACUUGUUGUGUUUCUCAUCUGAAAGUGUGUGUGUUUGUGAGAGAGAGAGUCUGUGUGAUCGUUUAUAAUCAGUGUGGGUUGUAGACUUGGGGCUUUGCUAUGCCAUCCUUACUAUACCCAUUCAACAUCAGCGCAGGCAGACAUUGUUUGUGACAGUGACAUAACAUCUGUAAUAUGUCCGUAAAAGGUGAGGCAUACUGCAUAGUCAUGUAAUGUUUUGUACUUCUCUCAUUCCCUCUCAUUGUCUCCUCACUCUCUCCUAGUACUCCAUCUACAGCAGGUAUGGGUGGGUUUACUCUGGGUGGAGCUCUGGGUACUGCAGCCCCCACCCCAGCCUCCACCACCACCACCUCUUCUCUGGGCCUGGGGGGGUCCCUGUUCGCACAGAAACCUACUGGGGGGUUCUCCUUUAAUACUCCUGCCUCAGGUAUGUACACACACAUUUCAAUAUUGCCUGUAUCUCUCCCUCUGCAGACCUGCCUCAUGCUUGUUGUUUCUUCCACCAAAGCACAAAGAAAUGCACAGACAUCACAUAGAUUUAUGUGUAGGUGAUUAUUGUAGUUAUGGAGUUGUUCUUGUUUUGCUACAGGAGCUGCUGCACCCACCCAAGGCUUUACGUUAGGUGAGUUUUCUGUCAACGUAGCUACACAUCUGUCAUGACUUCCACGCCUACCAUUGGCUGAUCCCAAUUUGAGCCUUAGCGUGACAAACCAAUAGUUGCAGUCUCUGCAGAUGAAUUUGUUCUCGUUGAUGUCUGUGUGCGAUGAUGUCAUACGGUUGAAUCUACCUUUAACCUCUCUCUUUUCUGUUGUCUCUCCCAGGUGUCCCAGCAACCUCUACAGCCCCCACCACAGGCUUCAGUAUGGCCUUCAAUAAACCCUCUGCCUCGGCCCAACCCUUCUCCCUCACUGCAGCAUCCUCGGCCCCCACAGGGGCAGGACUGACGCUAGGCUCCGUCCUCACCUCCACCACUCCACAUCAAGGAGCUACAGGAUUUGCUCUCAACCUAGGGGGUGUAGCCGCGAGUACAGCCCCUUCCACAGGUCUAUCGUUGGGUUCCAGUAUGUUCUCUAACAUGGCUACUACUGGUUAGUUAACUACACAUCUCUGUCUGUCCUCUAACAUGGCUCCUACUGGUUAGUUAACUACAUCUCUGUCUGUUCUCUAACAUGGCUCCUACUGGUUAGUUAACUACAUCUCUAUCUGUCUGUCCUCUAACAUGGCUCCUACUGGUUAGUUAACUACACAUCUCUAUCUGUCUGUCCUCUAACAUGGCUCCUACUGGUUAGUUAACUACAUCUCUAUCUGUCUGUCCUCUAACAUGACUCCUACUGGUUAGUUAACUACAUUUCUAUCUGUCUGUCCUCUAACAUGGCUCCUACUGGUUAGUUAACUACAUCUCUAUCUGUCUGUCCUCUAACAUGGCUCCUACUGGUUAGUUAACUACACAUCUCUAUCUGUCUGUCCUCUAACAUGGCUCCUACUGGUUAGUUAACUACAUCUCUAUCUGUCUGUCCUCUAACAUGGCUCCUACUGGUUAGUUAACUACAUCUCUAUCUGUCUGUUCUCUAACAUGGCUCCUACUGGUUAGUUAACUACAUCUCUAUCUGUCUGUCCUCUAACAUGGCUCCUACUGGUUAGUUAACUACACAUCUCUGUCUGUUCUCUAACAUGACUCCUACUGGUUAGUUAACUACAUCUCUCUCUGUCUGUUCUCUAACAUGACUCCUACUGGUUAGUUAACUACAUCUCUAUCUGUCUGUCCUCUAACAUGGCUCCUACUGGUUAGUUAACUACAUCUCUGUCUGUUCUCUAACAUGACUCCUACUGGUUAGUUAACUACAUCUCUGUCUGUUCUCUAACAUGACUCCUACUGGUUAGUUAACUACACAUCUCUGUCUGUCCUCUAACAUGACUCCUACUGGUUAGUUAACUACAUCUCUAUCUGUCUGUCCUCUAACAUGGCUCCUACUGGUUAGUUAACUACAUCUCUAUCUGUCUGUCCUCUAACAUGGCUCCUACUGGUUAGUUAACUACAUCUCUAUCUGUCUGUUCUCUAACAUGACUCCUACUGGUUAGUUAACUACAUCUCUAUCUGUCUGUUCUCUAACAUGACUCCUACUGGUUAGUUAACUACAUCUCUAUCUGUCUGUCCUCUAACAUGGCUGCUACUGGUUAGUUAACUACAUCUCUAUCUGUCUGUCCUCUAACAUGACUCCUACUGGUUAGUUAACUACAUCUCUAUCUGUCCUCUAACAUGACUCCUACUGGUUAGUUAACUACAUCUCUCUCUGUCUGUCCUCUAACAUGACUCCUACUGGUUAGUUAACUACAUCGCUCUCUGUCUGUCCUCUAACAUGGCUCCUACUGGUUAGUUAACUACAUCUCUAUCUGUCCUCUAACAUGACUCCUACUGGUUAGUUAACUACAUCUCUAUCUGUCCUCUAACAUGACUCCUACUGGUUAGUUAACUACAUCUCUCUCUCUGUCCUCUAACAUGACUCCUACUGGUUAGUUAACUACAUCUCUAUCUGUCUGUCCUCUAACAUGACUCCUACUGGUUAGUUAACUACAUCUCUAUCUGUCCUCUAACAUGACUCCUACUGGUUAGUUAACUACAUCUCUCUCUGUCUGUCCUCUAACAUGGCUCCUACUGGUUAGUUAACUACAUCUCUAUCUGUCUGUUCUCUAACAUGGCUCCUACUGGUUAGUUAACUACAUCUCUCUCUGUCUGUCCUCUAACAUGACUCCUACUGGUUAGUUAACUACACAUCUCUGUCUGUCCUCUAACAUGGCUCCUACUGGUUAGUUAACUACAUCUCUCUCUGUCUGUUCUCUAACAUGACUCAUAUUGGUUAGUUAACUACAUCUCUCUCUGUCUCUGGGUCACUCAUCAUCCCCCUAUCUCUUAUCUGUAUCUGUCACUACUAUCCUUAUUUAGAGGUAGUGUAUGAUCUGUCUGUUUUUUCUAAUACUUUUGGUGUGUUUGUCUUAGGUCUGGGCCAGUCCACUCUGGGAGGACUGGGGUUAGCGUUAGGUUUGUAUGGGACUAACACAUUUGUGUGGUUGUGUUUCUGUAUGUGUGUUUGUGUCAGCAUGUUUAUUUGUGUUAACCCUUGUGUGUGUUUCCAGGUCUGGCCCAGACCACUCUCGGAUCAGGGGGGUUGAUGUUAGGUUCCCUGGUCUCUACCUCCACGGGGGUCUCAGCGGCCCCCAGCCUUGGACUGGGCGGAGUUGACUUCAGCAUCUCCUCAGAAAAGAAGAGCGACAAAUCAUCAGGGGCCAGCCCACAGUAAGUCCUACUGACUGACACCUGUCUGGACCAAUAAGAGUCCACAGUGCGACCAAUGACUGAUUGUAGUUGCUAAUUAUGGUUGUCAUAAUGGGUUUCUGGCUCUCUCUUUCAGGGACAGUAAAGCGUUGAAAGAUGAAAACUUGCCUCCAGUCAUCUGUCAGGAUGUAGACCACUUCCAGUAAGUGAAGAAGUCGUGCAUCAUCAUGUGCGUGUGUCUAUGCACAUCUCUAACUAUAUCUUUGGUCAUUUCUACCGUCCUGUAGGAAGUUUGUGAAGGAGCAGAAGGAGGUUCAUGAGGAGAUCAGCAGGAUGUCUUCUAAAGCCAUGCUGAAGGUUCAGGAUGACAUCAAGAGUCUCAAACAGCUGCUGUCUGUCAGUUCCUCGGGACUACAGAGAAACGCCCUGGCUAUAGACAAACUGAAGAUGGAGACCGCACAGGUACACACUCACUGAGGUCACAUUGUCCUUUGAGGAAUUCAGGAUCAAAACACAUUUUCCCUUUUAGUGUUGCUGGUCUUGAUGGUCUUCUCUUUCUCCCCGUCCCCCGUCCCCCGUCUAGGAGUUGAAGAAUGCAGACAUAGCUCUGCGGACUCAGAAGACUCCCCCUGGACUCCAACACGAAAACGCAGCUCCGUAUGAGUGAGAACUCCCAUCAUUGUUAUAUCCCCCUGAACUUACCAUAGCCCUUUUUGCUUUAGGACCACAUAGAUUCAUGAACUGCAUUUUAUCCCUAAUAAGUUGAAUCCUGUCUCUCUCUCUCUGUUUGGCUCUCUUUCUGUUUGUCUUUCUGUCUCUGUCUCUCUUUCUUUAUGUCUGUCUGUCUGUCUGUCUGUGUGUGUAGUUAUUUCCGGUGUUUAGUGGAUCAGUUUGAGGUCCAGCUGCAGCAGUACAGACAGCAGAUAGAGGAACUGGAGAAUCACCUCUCUACACAAGGCAGUGGAUCACACUUCACACCACAGGGUGAGACACACACCUCUCUACACAAGGCAGUGGAUCACACUUCACACCACAGGGUGAGACACACACCUCUCUACACAAGGCAGUGGAUCACACUUCACACCACAGGGUGAGACACACACACCUCUCUACACAAGGCAGUGGAUCACACUUCACACCACAGGGUGAGACACACACACCUCUCUACACAAGGCAGUGGAUCACACUUCACACCACGGGGUGAGACACACACCUCUCUACACAAGGCAGUGGAUCACACUUCACACCACGGGGUGAGACACACACCUCUCUACACAAGGCAGUGGAUCACAAUUCACACCACAGGGUGAGACACACACCUCUCUACACAAGGCAGUGGAUUACACUUUACACCACAGGGUGAGACACACACCUCUCUACACAAGGCAGUGGAUCACACUUCACACCACGGGGUGAGACACACACCUCUCUACACAAGGCAGUGGAUCACACUUCACACCACAGGGUGAGACACACACCUCUCUACACAAGGCAGUGGAUCACACUUCACACCACAGGGUGAGACACACACACCUCUCUACACAAGGCAGUGGAUCACACUUCACACCACAGGGUGAGACACACAGACUCAUGACUCUUCAUACUGUGUGUGUUUGUGUCUUUCUGUCUUUGUAUUGUGUGUAUAGAUCUGUCGCUGGCCAUGCAGAAGUUGUACCAGACGUUUGUGUGUCUGGCUGCUCAGCUCCAGUCAGUACAUGAGAACGUCAAGGUAAGUCCUCCAGGUCACUAACAACAUCACUGUUGACUGCUCUGUGACAAAUCAUCAAGAGCUACAGAAAUAAAGUAUUUUGAAUGAAGUGAUUGAGGUUCAUUCUCCGUGGUGUCUGGAGAUGAAGUGAUUGAGGUUCUUCCUCUGUGGUAGAUCCUGAAGCAGCAGUACCUGGGAUACCGCCGGGCCUUCCUGGAGGACUCCACAGAUGUUUUUGAGUCCAAGCGGGUGGCCAGUAAGAAGUGGAAGAGCGCCCCACGCAUCACCAUCGGCCCCGCCCCGUUCAGCAGUGUCCCUAACGCGGCAGCGGUCGCCAUGGCAGCCACGCUGAGCCAGCAGCAGCCCGGACCAGGUCUGAACUCCGCCUUCAAGUUCUAGAACCCUGACCCCUCAUCUUUGACCUUUCACCUUACCAACCCUUCAGUCUGACAGAGGGAGGGGAGGAGGGAGACUGAGGGGGAUAGAGGAGAAUGAAAAGCAAUGUAGCCAAACUUUUUGUUUGGUUUCUUUUCUUUCUCCGGAGAGCUGGAGGAUCAGAAGAAGAACAUCUGAAAGCAGCAUAGCAAGCGCCAAACCCUUUUCAGUUAUUUCCCCCUGUGGUUUGGCGCUAUAGGUUAUAGGUGUGUGGAGUUAUCAUGAGUGUCUCUAGCAGGCUCUUCGUUGAAAACGCCUGUCCAUAAACCUAGCAACCAUUAUUCGGCAGGUAGCCCAGCGGUUAGAACGUUGGGCCAGUAACCGAAAGGUCGCUAGUUUGAAUCCCCAAGCUGGAAAGGUGAAAAAUCGGACCCUACUUGAUAAUGGCAUACCUUGACCUUGACCCUUCUCUUGGGGAGAGUUGGGAUAUGCAAAAAAAAAAAAACAUUUCCAAUUCAAGAGAAGCACUUAGCAUUACCUCAGUGGGGCUUUUUCCUCUACUGGAGAAAAGGAGGGAUGGGAACUAAAAUGAAAGCGUGUGGAGAUUACUGGAGAUGAGACGGAAAGGUAGUACUCAUUCACAGCUCUCAGAUCUGUCCCAGACAGACUCUAGAAUAUAAUCCUUUAAAUAACUGAACCUGGAGGCUGCAAUGUCUUUGGGUUCAGUCUCAAUUUUAAUAUAUAUUUAAUGACGGUACUUUGUUGUGUAGCUGAAAUAGUUUGGUUUAUUGAGAAUAAAAUAUCUUAGUAUGGAGUGGUAUAAUGUGGUGGUGCCAAGUGAGUGUGAUCUGUCAUCCGUUAGGUGUCCAAAAUCGGUUUAGUUCGAAAAUUGGGUCAACUGUUUUUUUAGGGGGAUUGUACAAACUGGUUUAAAUGAGGACCACAGUGUGUGUGUUUUCUAAAACAGUGAAGUUGCUUUCACUAUGUGGUAGCAGUCUGCCUUGAUACACACUUAGAAGUUAGACUGACAGUGUAUCGCACAUGUCAAACUCAUUCCACGGAGGGCCGAGUGUCUGCGGGUUUUCGCACAUCCCUUGUACUUGAUUGAUGAAUUAAGGUCACUAAUUAGUAAGGAACUCCCCUCACCUGGUUGUCUAGGUCUUAAUUGAAAUGACAAACCAAAAACCUGCAGACACUGGGCCCUCCAUGGAAUGAGUUUGACACCCCUGGUGUAUAGCAGGGGUAUUCAACUCUUACCCUACGAGGUCCGGAGCCUGCUGGUUUUCUGUUCUACCUGAUAGUUAAUUGCACACACCUGGUGUCCCAGAUCUAAAUCAGUCCCUGAUUAGAGGGCAACAAUGGAAAAACACAGUGGAACUGGCUUCGUGGUCCAGAGUUGAGUUUGAGGGGUGUAUAGCCUAGUGCAGGGCUGCCCAAACCUCUUCCUGGCAAUCUACCGUCCUGUGGGUUUUCAGUCCAACCCUAAUUUAACACACCUGAUUCUACUUAUUAGCUGCUCAACAAGACCUUAACUAGCUGAAUCAGAUACGCUAAGUUAGGGUUGGACUGAAAACCUACAGGACAGUAGAUCUCCAGGAAGAGGGUUGGACUGAAAACCUACAGGACAGUAGAUCUCCAGGAAGAGGGUUGGACUGAAAACCUACAGGACAGUAGAUCUCCAGGAAGAGGGUUGGACUGAAAACCUACAGGACAGUAGAUCUCCAGGAAGAGGGUUGGACUGAAAACCUACAGGACAGUAGAUCUCCAGGAAGAGGGUUGGACUGAAAACCUACAGGACAGUAGAUCUCCAGGAAGAGGGUUGGACUGAAAACCUACAGGACAGUAGAUCUCCAGGAAGAGGGUUGGACUGAAAACCUACAGGACCGUAGAUCUCCAGGAAGAGGGUUGGACUGAAAACCCACAGGACAGUAGUUCUCCAGGAAGAGGGUUGGACUGAAAACCUACAGGACAGUAGAUCUCCAGGAAAAGGGUUGGACUGAAAACCUCCAGGACAGUAGAUCUCCAGGAAGAGGGUUGGACUGAAAACCUCCAGGACAGUAGAUCUCCAGGAAGAGGGUUGGACUGAAAACCUACAGGACAGUAGAUCUCCAGGAAGAGGGUUGGACUGAAAACCUACAGGACAGUAGAUCUCCAGGAAGAGGGUUGGACUGAAAACCUACAGGACAGUAGAUCUCCAGGAAGAGGGUUGGACUGAAAACCUACAGGACAGUAGAUCUCCAGGAAGAGGGUUGGGCAGCACUGGUCUAAACCAGUGGUUCCCAACCAGGGGUACUUGGACUAUCCACAGGGGGUACUUGAGAAGACUCCACGGAGUCCAUAGGGUUACUGGUAAAAUGCACAUGAGGGGGUACUCCGGGCAGAGCAAAAUUCAGUUGGUGGUACAGUAACCGAAAAAGGUUGGCAACCACUGUUCUAAACCACGUGUCAAACUCAUUCCACGGAGGGCCGAGUGUCUGCGGGUUUUCACUCCUCCCUUGUACUUGAUUGAUGAAUCAAGGUCACUAAUUAGUAAGGAACUCCCCUCACCUGGUUGUCUAGGUCUUAAUUGAAAUGACAAACCAAAAACAUGCAGACACUAGGCCCUCCGUGGAAUUUGACACUCCUGGUCUAAACACACACUUCUACCUGACAGUCCAUCCGACUUUGAAUUUAUCACUAUGCAUUCUACAAUAACCUUUUGAGAUAAUGAUUGUGAUUUUAACAGUAUUUCCUACACACACUAUUUAACACUGGCGGGCGCUCUACCAUGUAGGCCUAGCUAGCCCAAGGAAAUAGAUAGCAGAGGGGCUGAUGACAGUCUGUACAGAGGGAACCUAGUUUUCUUUAGUUUCAUGAUCCAUUCUAUUUAAUAGAAGGGCUUCAGUGUUAAUACACCACUCGCUAGUUUAGCAGGGGAGAGACGGUGAACUUGCUGCUCGUACCGACUGCUUGGGGAAGGGCAGUGGGAUCAUUAGUGCCAAGAAUCAGAAUUUUUCUGUAUUCCGAGUGACAAUUUGUGCUCUGAGAUUAACCAACUGCUGCUCUGGACUGACCUGUCUGUCUGUCCACCAUCUCACGCUAACGUUCCAGAACCACUCUGGAACUCUGAAUAUUCUAGAAUGAGUAGAUAAUGUGGAACUGGAACUCAUAGAUUAGUUCUGGAACUCUGUGAUUGGUUCUGAAACUCAUAGGGCUGCUGCAGAUGGCAGACUUCCAUUAGUGUAACAGUGAUGGCUAACUGGACUGAUGAAUCUUGGGACUUUUUGAGGGCUUCUAUGAGAUCAGAAGACUGGUAGUGGUUGGACUGACUGGCUGAGAGACUGUCCCUCCACUCGGUGUUCAGACUCAGAGCUAGCUACAUAGAGCCAGGGGAGGUGCUCUGGGAUGUAGUAUGUUCAACACUGGUGGUAUUGACUGGGGAGGUGUAGUUUCCCUACUGGAUCAGUUUACUAACACAGAUGCCAAUUCUGGGGCCUGUUCUGGAGGGUUUGAUGUUACAGAACGUUCAGAUAGAAAUGUGUUCUGUUUAGAGCUGAUAUGAUUCUCAUGUAGAAUAGGGAAUCAUGUCGGCUCUAUUCAUUACAUUUCUAUCUGCAACGUAUAGAACACGUCACAUCACUGAACACACCCCUCAUCUUCACUCUGAUUCAGAGUGCAUUUGUUUAGAACAAUGUGUUUACUAUAUAUAUAUAUAUAUAUAUAUAUAUAUAUAUAUACCAGUCAAAGGUUUGGACAAACCUACUCAUUCAAGGAUUUUUAUUUUCUUUUUACUAUUUUCUAUGUUGUAGAAUAAUAGUGAAGACAUCAAAACUAUGAAAUAACACAUAUGGAAUCAUGUAGUAACCAAAAAAAGUGUUAAACAAAUCAAAAUAUAUUUAAGAUUCUUCAAAGUAGUCACCCUUUGCCUUGAUGACAGUUUUGCACACUCUUGGCAUUCUCUCAACCAGCUUCAUUAGGUAGUCACCUGGAAUGCAUUUCAAUUAACAGGUGUGCCUUGUUAAAAGUUAAUUUGUGGAAUUUCUUUCCUUCUUAAUGCGUUUGAGACAAUCAGUUGUGUUGUGACAAGGUAGGGGGGGUAUACAGAAGAUAGCCCUAUUUGGUAAAAGACCAAGUCCAUAUUAUGGCAAGAACAGCUCAAAUAAGCAAAGAGAAACGACAGUCCAUCAUUACUUUAAGACAUGAAGGUCAGUCAAUCUGGAAAAUCUCAAGAACUUUGAACGUUUCUUCAAGUGCAGUCGCAAAAAACCUCCAGCGCAAUGAUGAAACUGGCUCUCAUGGGGACCGCCACAGGAAUGGAAGACCCAGAGUUACCUCUGCUGCAGAGGAUAAGUUCAUUAGAGUUACCAGCCUCAGAAAUUGCAGCCCAAAUAAAUGCUUCACAGAGUUCAAGUAACAUACACAUCUCAACAUCAACUGUUCAGAGGAAACCGUGUGAAUCAGGCCUUCAUGGUCGAAUUGCUGCAAAGAAACCACUACUAAAGGACACCAAUAAUAAGAAGAUACUUGCUUGGGACAUGAAACAUGAGCAAUGGACAUUAGACCGGUGGAAAUCUGUCCUUUGGUCUGGAGUCCAAAUUGGAGAUCUUUGGUUCAAACCGCCAUGUCUUUGUGAGACGCGAUGUGGGUGAAUGGAUGAUCUCCGCAUGUGUAUUUCCCACCAUAAAGCAUGGAGGAGGAGGUGUUAUGGUGUGGGGGUGCUUUGCUGGUGACACUGUCUGUGAUAUAUUUAGAAUUCAAGGCACACUAAACCAGCAUGGCUACCACAGCAUUCUGCAGCGAUACGCCAUCCCAUCUGGUUUGGGCUUAGUGGAACUAUCAUUUGUUUUUCAACAGGACAAUGACCCAACACACCUCCAGGCUGUGUAAGGGCUAUUUUACCAAGAAGGAGAGUGAUGGAGUGCUGCAUCAGAUGACCUGGCCUCCACAAUCCCCCGACCUCAACCAAAUUGAGAUGGUUUGGGAUGAGUCGGACCGCAGAGUGAAGGAAAAGCAGCCAACAAGUGCUUAGCAUAUGUGGGAACUCCUUCAAGACUGUUGGAAAAGCAUUCCUCAUGAAGCUGGUUGAGAGAAUGCCAAGAGUGUGCAAAGCUGUCAUCAAGGCAAAGGGUGGCUAUUUGAAGAAUCGCAACUAUAAAAUAUAUAUAUUUUUUACUUUGGUUGCUACAUGAUUCCAUAUGUGUUAUUUCAUAGUUUUGAUGUUUUCUAUUAUUCUACAAUGUAGAAAAUAGUAAAAAAUAAAGAAAAACCCUGAGUAGGUGUUCUAAAACUUUUGACCGGUUGUGUGUGUGUGUGUGUGUGUGUGUAUAUAUAUAUAUAUAUAUAUAUCUCCAAUGCUUGUUGUUGUUGAUGAUGCAUAUAUCUGACACUAUAUAAUAUUGUGUGCCUUUUGAAACUUGACAUAUUAAUAAUUGUUUGCGAUGCAUUUUUUUUCUGGCACAUGCUAGUUCCUUCACUCUUGGAAUCUUGAACCUUGAAAACGUAUCAAAUACAACCAUAGCAGCUAGGAAUUAGCAAUCGGUUGUGUCCUUUAACUGUGUCUGUUUUAUGUAAGUGGAAUUACUUUCAUUUGACAAUAAAUCAGUUUUUAAAGGAGCGACCUUGUCCUUGUUUCUUUUUGACUGGUAAAUCACAGAUUUUAGAAAACCCAAUUAGAUCUAAGAUAAUUAACUAAUACGAUAGCUGAGGCUGCAACUCCAAAAUCAAAUUUGAGAACCGCUAAAAAGAAACAAGACUGGUGCCCUGAGGUUCAGAGUGAAAGUACUAGCAGCCAUGUUUCUACCACACCAGAGUGAUGCUGAGACUCCGAUUCUUCCAAAAUGGAUGUCAAACAAAAACCAAUGAUUGCAAAGUUAAACAAACCAUACAGCUCUAUGCACAAGGACGACUUGACAAUUUCCACUGCUUCUGUACUGUUCAAGUACAGCGCAUCCGGAAAGUAUUCAGACCCUUUUACUUUUUCCACAUUUUGUUCCGUUACAGCCCUAUUCUAAAAUUGAUUACAUUGUUUUUUCCCCUCAUUAAUCUACACACAAUACCCCAUAAUGACAAAGCAAAAACAGAUUUGUAGAAAUGUGUGCUAAUUUAAAAAUAAAUAAAUAACUGAAAUCACAUUUACAUAAGUAUUCAGACCCUUUACUCAGUACUUUGUUGAAGCACCUUUGGCAGCUCGUCUUCUUGGGUUUGACGCUACAACUUUGGUACACCUGUAUUUGGGGAGAUUCUUCUCUGCAGAUCCUCUCAAGCUCUGUCAGGUUGGAUGGUGAGCGUCGCUGCACAGCUAUUUUCAGGUCUCUCCAGAGAUGUUCGAUUGGGUUCAAGUCCUGGCUCUGGCUGGGCCACUCAAGGACAUUCAAAGACUUGUCCCAAAGCCACUCCUGCAUUGUCUUGGCUGUGUGCUUAGGGUCGUUGUCCUGUUGGAAGGUGAACCUUCGCCCAAGUCUGAGGUCCUGAGUGCUCUGGAGCAGGUUUUCAUCAAGGAUCUCUCUGUACUUUGCUCCGUUCAUCUUACCCUUGAUCCUGACUAGUCUCCCAGUCCCUGCCGCUGAUAAAGAUCACCACAGCAUGAUGCUGCCACCACCAUGCUUCACCAUAGGGAUGGUGCCAGGUUUCCUCCAGACGUGACGCUUGGCAUUCAGGCCAAAGAGUUUAAUCUUGGUUUCAUCAGACCAAAAAACCUUGUUACUCAUGGUCUGAGUCCUUUAGGUGCCUUUUGGCAAACUCAAAAUGGGCUGUCAUGUGCCUUUUUACUGAGGAGUGGCUUCCGUCUGGCCACUCUACCAUAAAGGCCUGAUUGGUGGAGUGCUGCAGAUGGUUGUCUUUCUGGGAGGUUCUCCCAUCUCCACAGAGGAACUCUGGCGCUCUGUCAGAGUGACCAUCAGGUUCUUGUUCACCUCCCUGACCAAGGCCCUUCUCCCCCGAUUGCUCAGUUUGGCCGGGCGGCCAGCUCUAGGAAGUCUUGGUGGUUGCAAACUUCUUCCAUUUAAGAAUGUUCUUGGGGACCUUCAAUGCUGCAGAAAUGUUUUGGUACCCUUCCCCAGAUCUGUGCCUUGACACAAUCCUGUCUCGGAGCUCUACGGACAAUUCCUUCGACCUCAUGGCUUGAUUUUUGCUCUGACAUGCACUGUCAACUGUGGGACCUUAUAUAGACAGGUGUGUGCCUUUCCAAAUCAUUCCAGAUCAGCUCAAUUUUGAGUCUCAUAGCAAAGGGUCUGAAUACUUUUGUUAAGGUAUUUCAGUGUUUUAGUUUUUUAAUUGCAAAGUUUUCAAAAAACCUGUUUGCUUUCUCAUUAUGGGGUAUUGUGUGUAGAUUGAUGAGGCAAAAAAUUAAUUUAAUCAAUUUUCGAAUAAGGCUGUAACGUAACAAAAUGUGGAAAAAGGGAAGGGGUCUGAAUACUUUCCGAAUGCACUGUCAAUGCCGUUUUGUAAAAUGUUUAGUGGAAAUGGUUAAAAGUCGUCCGUGUGCAUAGAGUUGUAUGGUUUGUUUAACUUUGCUAUCAUUGUUUUUUGUUUGACAUCCAUUUAGAAAAAUCUGAGUCUCAGCAUCACUCUGUUACCGUGGAAUUGCCCUUUACCAUUUGAUCUGUGAAAAUUGAUCCACAGUCGCAUAGUUACAUUAUCACUAAUAAAUAGCCUAUCUGUAGUGAUUAGGUACAUCAAGAGGUACAACUUAGAUGUGAUCAUAAGGUUAGUGUUGGGAGGAGAUGAGUUUGGGCUUAGUGAAGUCUGAGAAGACUACCGUAGUCUUAUGAACUGUAAUAUAGAAGCACUAAUCCACAGGGUCCUGUUCACACUCUCAGCCAAUACCACCACUUGACAUUGCAGAGGAGAGGGGGAACUUGACUUCAGUAACAGACAGUCUCUUAGUACAGAGGAGUAAGCUGUGUUCUCUCUGUCUGUCUCAGGGAGCCAGGUGCCCCUGGGGUCUGGCUUGGGAAACCCCUUUGCCUCGGGAGUGGGCUCUAGCUUGGGCUCAUCAGGCCUCGGAGGUACUACCUCUCAUCCCCAUCCAUCUAUCUCUUCCUCCUGCUUUUUACUAUCCCCCUGUUUCUCACCAUCUCUUGAUCUCUUUCUUUUUCUCUCUCUAACUUCCUCUGUUCCUCACCCUCUCUUCCCUCUGUUCCUCACCCUCUCUUCCCUCUGUUCCUCACCCUCUCUUCCCUCUGUUCCUCACCCUCUCUUCCCUCUGUUCCUCACCCUAUCUUCCCUCUGUUCCUCACCCUCUCUUCCCCCUCCUCGUGUGUAGGACUGGUGGCAGUAUUAGGGAAUGGAUGUGUUGAGUUUUUAAGCUCUUCACUAUCUAGGGCUGAAACAGUCUGCCUGUAGCUGUGGUGUGGUGUGGGUCUCUAUGCUUUACUCUCUUCAUUGGAUACCUGCUGCUCUUUCCUCAUUGGUCUACUAUCAGUAUACCCUGUUUGGAUACCAGCUGCUCUUUCCUCAUUGGUCUACUCUCAGUAUACCCUGUUUGGAUACCAGCUGCUCUUUCCUCAUUGGUCUACUCUCAGUAUACCCUGUUUGGAUACCAGCUGCUCUUUCCUCAUUGGUCUACUCUCAGUAUACCCUGUUUGGAUACCAGCUGCUCUUUCCUCAUUGGUCUACUCUCAGUAUACCCUGUUUGGAUACCAGCUGCUCUUUCCUCAUUGGUCUACUGUCAGUAUACCCCGUUUGGAUACCAGCUGCUCUUUCCUCAUUGGUCUACUCUCAGUAUACCCCGUUUGGAUACCAGCUGCUCUUUCCUCAUUGGUCUACUCUCAGUAUACCCUGUUUGGAUACCAGCUGCUCUUUCCUCAUUGGUCUACUCUCAGUAUACCCUGUUUGGAUACCAGCUGCUCUUUCCUCAUUGGUCUACUCUCAGUAUACCCUGUUUGGAUACCAGCUGCUCUUUCCUCAUUGGUCUACUAUCAGUAUACCCUGUUUGGAUACCAGCUGCUCUUUCCUCAUUGGUCUACUCUCAGUAUACCCUGUUUGGAUACCAGCUGCUCUUUCCUCAUUGGUCUACUCUCAGUAUACCCUGUUUGGAUACCAGCUGCUCUUUCCUCAUUGGUCUACUCUCAGUAUACCCUGUUUGGAUACCAGCUGCUCUUUCCUCAUUGGUCUACUCUCAGUAUACCCUGUUUGGAUACCAGCUGCUCUUUCCUCAUUGGUCUACUGUCAGUAUACCCCGUUUGGAUACCAGCUGCUCUUUCCUCAUUGGUCUACUCUCAGUAUACCCUGUUUGGAUACCAGCUGCUCUUUCCUCAUUGGUCUACUCUCAGUAUACCCUGUUUGGAUACCAGCUGCUCUUUCCUCAUUGGUCUACUCUCAGUAUACCCUGUUUGGAUACCAGCUGCUCUUUCCUCAUUGGUCUACUCUCAGUAUACCCUGUUUGGAUACAAGCUGCUCUUUCCUCAUUGGUCUACUCUCAGUAUACCCUGUUUGUGAGUGAGUCAUUACAGAGGCUUAACUCCCUCUCUUUCUCACACACCCUUGCAGUUAGUGUGUGUGUGUCCAUGAAGGUAAACUCUCCCCCUCUGUCAUGUAGUAGAAGCAGAGUUAGUGUGUGUCUUACUAAAGUUUGUCUCCCUCCCUCUCUCUCUCUCUCUCCUGCAGUGUUUGGUGGGGGUCCAGGUUUCGGGGGGGUUGCGACGGGGGGCUCAUUUGGUUUCUCCUCCGCCAGCAAGCCCUCGGGAGGGAGCCUGAGCGCAGGUACACACACUCGCCACACCACAUCUCACCACACGUCACCUCACCACACCACACCUCACCUCACCUCGUGCAAGCUCUCUUGAGGGAGUCUCAGCAGACACACCCUGUGAGCAUACUCACACUCUCUCUCUCUCUCUCUCUCUCUCUCUCCAGGUUUUGGUAGCAGCAGUAGUAGUUCAGGGUUUAACUUCAGUAACCCCGGCCUCAACGCGUCUGCAGGCCUGACGUUUGGCGUCUCCAACCCUCCCGCCACGGGCUUCGGCACGGGAGGUCCACUGCUGCAGCUCAAGAAGCCCCCGGUGGGAAACAAGAGGGGCAAGAGAUAG